CAACCUAACCAUUUUGUCCUCCAUUUUUUAGGGCAGCUGAUUGUUGUUUUGCGUGAAAAUUUUCGUCUAAAACAGUGUCUAUUGUUCCAAAAUGGGUGUUUCAAUACUUCCCAUCGCUAUAUUCACAGUCUUCUGGGGUGUUGUCGGUAUUGUGUGCCCAUUUUUCGCCCCUAAAGGACCAAACCGAGGGAUUAUCCAAGUGGUGUUGAUGUUAACAGCCUCGACUUGUUGGUUAUUCUGGCUGUGCGCGUACAUGGCUCAGAUGAACCCGCUCAUCGGGCCCAGACUCAGCAACGAAACCCUCAUCUGGAUCUCUCGCACCUGGGGCAACCCCAUCUCGGAUUAAUUGAAGAACACGAAGAAGUUCUCCACCAACGUACUCAAAACACCUUACGUCAAAGCUGUUUUAUUUUGUAAAUUAAAUAAAUUAAAAAUUGUUAUGUCAUAAGAACAACCAUUGUUGUAAAUUUAUUAAAAAAAAUAACGAAAUAGUAAUUCGAAAUUCAAAACUAACCUAAUCACAUUAUUGAUGAAAUGUGGACACAGUUAAAAUCAUGAAUCAGAUUAUUUAUGAAAACUGCUUGGUAACAAUAGCAAUUGCAGUUUUUUUUUAUUUGUCUCCACUAGGACGCAAAGAUCGAUGAGCGUACAGCCUAUCUCACGAUUUUACAUAGAUUUAUCUAAGAGCAAGAGAAGCACUUUGUUUUAGAGCUAUAUUAUCUUUACUGUGUCAUGAAUGAACCUUGUUAAAUAAUAACAACGUCCGAUAUUUAUGUUUAUUUAUUUUAUGAAUUAAAUAAUAUAGUAUUUAUUAAAAAAAA